CACGAUUGGCGGUGUCCUAGCAACCGUGGCGCUGCGGUUGUCAACAGAGACAGGACUCCUGCAACCCUGGGCUCCGGGCGGGGACCCUUCGCCAGCGCCAGCGGACGCCACAGCCUGGUCGAGCCGUGGGAUGCUGGCCGCGCCCACCUGCUCUGGUCAGCGAGGCCCCGGAGGGUGGGAGGGUCGCUGCUGAACGCGAGCCGCCUGGCUUGCAACUGACAGAUCACCCAGCGGUCCCCUGACUUACAGAUGAAGAAAUCAGGAUUGCCUUCCUGCGUCACCUCGGAGCAACAGCAGUAGAGACAAGAGAGGCCGAACAAGAGCAGGACAGGCAUGGCUGAGCAGAGUCUCAUUUCAUCUGAGAGAUGGCUGCAACUGUACGGGCUCAAGAGCAAGAAUAAGCUGACCCUGAAGCAGAUCCUAGCACAGAUUGGAUUCCCGCAGAGUGAAGAUUAUGUGACUUCCCUGAAGAGGCUUGUGGCUUCUCGGUAUGCUGACGGCCUGUUCCCACAGUUCUACACAGCAGAAGACGGCCGGGUAUACAAUCUGACAGCAAAGUCAGACGUCAUCUGCCGGUUAGUGGAUUAUCUAACCGAUGCUGUGGAGAGCUACAAAGAUCGCUUGGACUGGCUCACCAGCGGGAGCCGGCAGAUUUUUGGUGUCAUCUUGGAAGAGAGCAUCACCAUUGUGCUGGAUCUCAGCGGCGUUCUGAAGGAAGAGCUUAACCUGUGCCAGGAGGCCCUGACAAUGGUCCUGCAGGAGCAGGUGGCUCUCAUCUCCCAGUUCAAUAUCAUAUGGGUUUCUGAAGAGCCAGUAAAAUGGCAGAAGCGUUCCGUGGCCGUGACUAAAUACUCCAUAGCUGCUGCCAUCAGCUGGGUUGAGAAAAUGAUUUUUAUGCCAGUGUAUGUGAGAGAGUGUAGCGGUCUGGAUGCCCUGCUGGAGGCUGGGAAAGACAAAACUAUCCAAGCCAUUUACUACUUUGUGGUGGGGGAUAUUCCUGAGAUAUCCCAGGAACUUCUUUCCCUGAGGGCUCCGGAGAUCCCAUAUCCAGUCUGUACGGUGUCCUUCAACGCCAGAGGAGAAAAAACUGUAGCCUUCCUCAAAGAUCUGAGUGCCCAGACCAUCAGCAGAUUCCACGCCUUUGCUGAGAGAACCAACUGUCUAGAACUCUCUGCAAUCUCCACAGAAGAUGAUGACAACCCAGUGACUUGUAAUUCAAGGAAACUGAAAGGGAGACUCCCUCCAGGGGCUGGUGUCAGAGAGGAUGUGUUUCUCAUUUGGAGAGAAAUGGAAGAAGCCUGCAGCUUACUGGCUCAGUUCCGAAAGCUGGUGGACAAGCCUACAUCUCAGCUGAAAGGGCCCUCAACAUACUGCAGAACAGCGUCUGUCGAGAAUAAGGAGAAUGUAGAAGACACCUGGGACUCACGGAUGUGGCUGCAGAAGUAUGGCUUGAAGGCUCAGAAGUUGACCUUCUAUGACGUGCUGGCCGACUGCUCCUUCCGCCAUGUUGACGGCGUCGUUGACAUAAAAGCCAAGCUGGAGAAUGAAUCUGGGCAGCCCAGUGCGGACACCAAUAAAAAGACAAUCCAUGCCAAAUACUGCAGCAAAUUCAUCCACAUGCCCUGGAAGGACGGCAGCUUGGUCCAUGUCAACAUCACCAAGGAGAAAUGCCGGUCGUACAGUGAGAGAAUUCACACAGCCCUGGCCAGGAUCCAAAGGAGGAUUAAAUGGCUACAAGAUGGGAGCAGAGCCCUCUUCGGAAAAGUGCGUGGAGAUCGCAUCUACAUCCUCAUUGACACGUCUCACUCGAUGAAGAGCAAACUGGACCUGGUGAAGGACAAGGUCAUUCAGUUCAUACAGGACCAGCUGAAAUACAAAAGAAAAUUCAAUUUUGUGACAUUUGAUGGUCAGGCAAUCGCUUGGCGGGAAAAACUUGCUGAAAUCAAUAAAGAUAAUUUGGAACAGGCUCAGUUGUGGAUUAGAGACAUUAAGGCCGGAAGUUCCACGAAUACCCUGAAGGCCCUGCAAAUUGCCUUUGCUGACAAAGGGACACAAGUAAUCUACCUCUUGACAGAUGGGCGACCCGACCAGCCGCCAGAGCUGGUGAUGGAGCAGGUCAGACUCUUCCAGAAUAUUCCUAUCUGUGCCAUCUCCUUCAACUACAACGACGAGGCUGCAAAUGAGUUCUUGAAGGAGCUUGCUGCUUUGACAGGAGGGGAGUUCCGAGCUUAUAACUUUGGUUGCAAGGAUCCCAUCCUUCAGGAUAUUCAGGAUGAAGAUCUGAACCUCUUGCUGCAGGAAAUGCAGCAGGGCUACAGUGACCUGGAGAAGAUGCAGGAGCUGUACGCUGAGUCCCUAGUCAUGGACUGGUGGCACAACAGGGAACAGGGCAGCAAGCACCAAAAGGAACUCUCCUCCGUGGUUUCAACUCUGGAAGGAUGCUCGGACACGCCAGCUGGCGAUGCUGACUCCAAGUCUAUUUCCCCCGCACGUGCGUUUAAAAAAUCUUGGUGGAUGGCUUUGGACGAAAAGGCACAGAGAAAGAAGAUGCGCCAUGCAGAAUUGGCCAGGUCAAGCCUGCUCAGGAGCCCGAUGGCCACCUCCAAGAGCUGCAGUGACAUGAAGGCGGAGCCCACCUCCAGCUGCUGCGACGGUGAAGGUGCCCUGAGUGACAGAGGCAAGCCCGAGCAGGGUCCGGCCCCGGGAAACCUUAGUCAUCUUCCUGCCCACUGUUCUGUGCCUGAGAGACCAGAAAUGAACAUCCUGCUGAUGAAUAAGUGCCUAGAUGACAAAUGGUCAGAAAGGCUCAUUGGAAGUAGAAGCCAAGACACUGACAGCAUCUUUUCAGACAGGUCCUCUGAAAACUGGCUGAAAACCCACGGCCUGGUGGCCCGGAAACUCACCAUCAUGGACGCCUUGGCCGGAAGCACCGUGAUCCACAGGUCCAUCUAUGUCCCCGUCCUGAAUAAGCAUGUUGUCUCCAGGGUCUUUGAUGAGGUGUUCCCUCUGACACACGUGUGCAAUGACUCCAAUAAGAUUCUAUUGAUUAACCCCCAAGGAGCCAACCUCAAUCUCUACAAGCAAAAUGUGGAACUGGCCAUUAAAUCUUAUGAAAAACGUUUAAAUAAAAUUGUCUGGCAAGCUCUGUCUCAAGAGGAAAAAGAAAAGUUAGAUUCAAUCAAGCCUAUACAGUAUUUGGAGAACAAGGCAGUCUUGAACAAAGCGCUGGAGCGGCUGAAUUGGCCCAUUUCGUUGAAAGAGCUGUUGGUACUGGAGAAUGAAAUCUUGGUUGGGAAGAUGUACAUCCAGCAGGCCAUGGAGCUCCAGGAGGCUGCCAGGAAGAACCGCGUGAGCAAGGCCCUAGAGGAGCAACAGAGAUUACAAGUGUAUUCAGCAAAGAAAAACAAAUCAAAAAGAGUAGAUUACCUGAAAGGCCAGAGGGUCAUUGCCAGAUGUGAGGAGAAUGGCUUCUAUUUUCCAGGGGUUGUGAAGAAAUGCGUGAGUCCUACGGAGGCCCUAGUAGAUUUCAAGUAUGGAGACACCAAGAUUGUGCCCAUCUCCUUCAUCACACCUGUUGGGGGCGCCAUGCCCUGCCCGCCACUUCAGGUUGGGGAUUACGUGUUUGCCAAAAUCGUGACGAGCAAAGGCUUUGACUUCUACGUCCCUGCCAUCGUUAUAGCUCUUCCAAAUCAGAAUGUGGCAUCAGAGAAAUUCUAUACAGUUUUGAAGUGUAACAACCGCAGAGAAUUCUGCCCUCGGAGCGCACUUAUUAAGAUCAGCCAGAACAAGUAUGCUGUCUCUUGCUCUCAGAUAAAAUCAUCCCCCGCUGAGAAGAACCAUUUAGUAAAGGAAGCAGAGACAAGUAACACUUCCCCUCUCUGGACGGUGAUCGAAGAAGACUCUGGGGAGACCAACCAGCGACACGAGAACCUUAGCAAAAAGAAGAAGGAGCCCACCAAGAGGUCGCCUCUCCAGGAGAUGUUCUCAGAUUCCGACGGCUCUUCCCAUGGCACCAGGUCCCCAGCGUGUGCCCCCACCAAGCCCCCAGAGCGCGCCCCCUCCCCUGAGCCCGGGGUGGGGGGUUGGGAGGCGCCCUGAGCCUGGCGGACGCUUCGAAGCCUCCUUCAAGAAUAGUGUAUGUGAGAGCGUGUCCCCUCCCCUCCCCCAGUUUUCCAAGCCAGCGUAGGUCCCAGCACAACAAAAACACCACCGCCGCCACCACCGCCACCGCCACCACCCCCAGUCAUACUGACAUCCACUUUCCCAGAGAAGGCUCUCGGACCGUGGCCUACGACGCUGCCGACCUCGCCUCCGCAACCACACCAGGAGCACCCCCGCCCUGACCAGAGUCCAGGCACCCACAGCUCAAGGGGCUGCGGAUGGGGCGCGGAAGACCCCUACCGCACCCUAGUGGCAGCAAGCGUAAGCAUGCCACGGUCCUCCAGGCUGCCUAGGCCCCAGCCUCUGGACCCCGCGGAGCAAGCCGCUCUGCCGAGGUAAGGCUUGCCUUCCCGGGCUGAGAGCCAGCUCCCCUCCCCCGGCCUGGCUCUCUACUGUUUCAGUCUAGGGAUUUUUCCGACCAUUCCACAUACACACACACACACACACACACACACACAGGUCCCCACAAAAUUGUUCUCUGCCUUCUGAUACCCUCUGCAAACGGGCUGCCCUAGCCUGACAGGCUGCUGUUGGAAUGUUCGAGGUUCUUUGGGGGUCCACACCCAGGAUCUCAUUUCAAGCUGGUUCUUCCUUUUGUCACACAAUGUGAAGACUGAAAUUAAGAGUUGGUUGGUAGAUUGUCUGAGACCUGUAAGAUUGAGCAUCCUCCAUGUUACUGUUUUCUGAAUUUUUUUUUUAAUUUUGAGCCCUUCCUAAUUGGCAUUGUCUGUAGUCUGUUGUAGGUACCUCUAACUGAGUGCAGAGCCUGAA